UACUUAUCUAAGCCAAACUUUGUAAUUGUGAAUACAUCGUCUAAUAAUAGUUAUUAUGAUAACAAAAAAAAACAUUUUUUUCUUUAAUUAAUGAUUUAUUGAGGAAUACAUAUCCGUUCGAGUGAUGCAGAAUCAAAGAAAUACGCAUGUUGAUUAAAACUUGGAGGUUAUGAACUGUUGGGUGUUUUGUAACAGAAGAGAACACAAUGUUUUUGAGAAGUUGUGCUUGGUGUACAAGAAGUUAUUUCAGGAAUAUCACUACUAAUGUCAACAAAACAUUACAUAAUAAAGUCUCGUCUGACAGUUCGAGAUUUAAAAACAAUACUACUUUUAAUUACCUGGCUGCACUCACUAUUUUGGCUGGAGGUUUGACUUAUGCCGCUGUUCCUAUGUACAGAUUAUUUUGUCAGGCUUUCAGCUAUGGAGGUACUGUAGGCCACGAUUCUUCAAAAGUAGAAGACAUGAAGCCCAACAAACAUAGGCUAAUCACUGUAAAAUUCAAUGCUGACACUGCAGCACAAAUGUCGUGGAAUUUUCAUCCACAGCAGCCUGAGGUGACAGUAGCUCCGGGAGAAACGGUUUUAGCUUUUUACACAGCCACCAACCCCACGGAUGCUAAUAUAUCUGGAGUCUCUACAUACAACGUUGUCCCCUUUGAAGCUGGACAGUAUUUCAAUAAGAUUCAAUGCUUUUGCUUUGAAGAACAAAUGCUAGGACCUCGCGAACAGGUCGACAUGCCCGUAUUUUUUUACAUUGACCCUGAAUUCACUGAAGAUCCAAAGAUGGAGUACAUCAAUGAGAUAGUACUUUCGUACACGUUUUUCGAAGCUAGAGAAGGCUUGAAAAUACCUAUCCCAAGCUACAUCAAGAAACUUCAUUGAGGAUAGGAGUACAUUGCAAGAAAAACGAUUUUUCACUUGAUGACGUCACUCCUCAUCCUCUCCGAGCAAUAGCGAUUCGAGUCAGCUUCGUUGUAGAACUUGACUUGCUUCUGGUACCAUUCGUUCGGCGUGA